AAGUGUUCAUUUUAUCCCAAGUGGUCUUGCUUUUUUACUGAAUCGGCGCACCUAGAAUCGAGUAUUUUCACUGCGCAAAAUACAGGGUUGACAUAAGCUACUGGUGGUCGGAAAUUAAGGAAGCACACAACAGAGGAAGAAGAAGAAGCCUAAGAACGACUGUCAGUGUAUAGUGGGACAUAAAGGAGCGUCUGUAGUUAUGCCACGCGAAUGAAAAUAAACGAGUAACUAAAAGUAAAGGUGAACCGGUUCGAACUCUUCAGUGUUUUUUGUCCUUGGCGAAAGUUAGUAAUCGGCUCGGUACGUCUACGGCGACGACGCCUACAAUCAAGUCGUCGUCGUCGUGGUAGUCGCUUUUGACUUUGUUGCAUUUGGAUACCCUUUAUCUUCCCGACCAAAAACCAUCACGUUAUUCUGGAACGCAUGUAAAACUUUAACGAAUAAGACUCAUAAAUCAGGAGUAUGUCGUUCACGUGCAGGAUCCAGUUUUUAAACGAUGUGGACCCGUUUGCUUCCACGAGUUCCUAUCCUGAACCACCCAGACCGCCAGUGCACACCUUCAGCGCGACCUUGCCUCUCAUAAACCAACUUUCCGCGGUUCAUCGACUAUUACAAGCCCCUCACAGGCUUGACGACACUGCUCUUCAGCUUUACAAAGAUGGAGAUUACGGGGUUUACUUGGAUCUAGAAGCUUCCAUCAAUGAACAACAAGAGGAACUAGAAGGAUUUCAGACACAUCGAAAUAACUCAAUCGUUCUCAGAACCCAGCUUCCCGUGCGAGUUCACAAUAUUAUAGAAAAAUUACUCAAUAGCGAGGGCCGCGAACUGCGACGGGCACUCUUCUCCUUGAAACAGAUCUUUCAGGACGAUAAAGAUCUCGUUCAUGAAUUCGUGCAGAAUGAUGGCUUGGCGUGUCUCAUCAAAGUUGGAAAUGAGGCCGAUCAAAAUUACCAAAAUUACAUACUACGUGCCCUGGGCCAGGUGAUGCUAUAUGUCGAUGGAAUGAAUGGAGUAAUUGAACACAGUCAUUCCGUGAAAUGGCUGUAUACGCUGAUCGCUAGUCCCUUUCGAUUGGUUGUAAAAACUGCGCUGAAAUUACUUCUUGUUUUUAUUGAAUACGUAGAAGCAAACAGUUUGCUUCUGGUGAGAGCUAUAAGGUCCGUAGACAGCACUCGUGGAAUGAUACCCUGGAAAAACGUGAUAAAGUUGCUAGAAGAUUUUCAUGCUGCGGAUACAGAACUCCUCAUUUAUGCCAUGAAUAUUAUUAACAAGUGUUUGAAUCGUAUACCAGAUCAGGAUACGUAUUACGAUCAAGUUGACUGUCUCGAAGAACAGGGCAUUGAAGGUAUCAUCCAAAGAUAUAUGUCAAAGCAGGGUACGGAUCUAGACCUACUCAGACAAUUUCAAAUCUAUGAAGCUGUGUUACAUCAUGAGGAUGGCAAUGAUGGAGACUCACCAAUUAAACAGCUCGAUGACAACAUUAGAAAAAUACUUCGACAUCGCAAAUCUUUAAUGGCUACUCAUGAGCGCCGAAAAUCUCGCAGACAUUCUACUGAAACAUCACCGUCAUCAAUGUCUCUUAGUGCUCACUGGAGUCCCAGAAUAAACCAUUCGCUUCCAAUGAGCUCACUGAACGAUACCCUAAAUAUUGAUCUUAACAGUACUCAGAAAUCAAGCCAACCCGAGGAAGACGCUAAGUCAAGUAGUUCACAUAGUUUAAAAGGUCUUGGAGACAUUCAGAUGAAUAGUAACUACAAGGAGAACAAAGUCGGCCAUCCAGUGAACGCUGGUGUUACUCCAGCUUUAAGGAGACGGAGAGAGAGAGCCGAACGACAAAGAAGCUUUGUCCGAGAGCAACAAGAAGCAGCUGCUAGCAUGAGGCCAUCUGUCGAACUCCCGGAUAGUCAGGAAAGUAGAAAUGCAGAUUCUUCUUUAAAUGAGGUAUUCAGAGUGAAUAGCCGAAAGGAUUUGACGUCCUUAUUCAACGCAGAAAAUAAAUUUAACUCCGAAGAAAGAAAGUCUUGGUACGGGAGAUCUCCUGAUGCGAAGGGCGAAUGCGACAACGAAAACCAAAUUUACAAUGAAGGAGAUCAUCGAGUAGUUUUGCAAUUUAAAAGAGAAGGAACUGUCAAAGAUCUGACACAGAAACUUGCAGCUCAAAAUCUUAUUUCAAGCAGCUCAGUCGAAGAAAAAGUUUCCAGGAAAGGUGAUAUGAGUGGUUUAAUUUCAAAAGCUAAGGAAGGCUUGGCUAAGUCUAAAUCUAAAGCGGAGAUUAUCAGGUCGCCCACGGACGAGAACUUACUUAAGAUAGCGGAAGUAAAAAAAUCUGAGAACGAACUUCAUUGGGAGGAAUUGAUAAGCACAUUAAAAAGGCCGCUUUAUCUUUGUGAUCUAGACUUUACGGAUCUAAAUACAGAUGAUGAGAACGAUGUCAUUGGACCUGUCUAUGCAACAGAAGGCAUGCCGCCGCCGCCACCGAUGGUGCUACCCUCAACUAAUUACCAAGCUCCACCUCCCCCACCUCCAGGAACUCGAAUUCUACCACCCUUUCACAACGAUCCGAAAAAAAUGUACGGUGUUAAUCUUAAAUCUACUCGAAAUUAUACUAUAGACUCUGACAAUACUCCGAAAAGUUCACAACCUAUCAUAACAAAGAAGAACAAAAAAACAGUGAAGCUUUUCUGGAAGGAAGUCAGAGAUGAUCCUAUUAUUCUAUCAAGGUUGAAUCAAAAUAAAAUGAUAUGGGACGAACUGUCACCAAUUCCUGUCGACACUCAAAAACUGGAACACUUAUUUGAAAGUAGAGCAAAAGACUUGAUCACUAAGCAGAAGCAGCAGGAUAUAAACAAGAGCAAAGAGAUCAUCGUGCUGGAUCACAAAAGAUCAAAUGCUAUUAAUAUUGGUAUGACAAAAUUACCACCUCCUCGGACUAUCAAGACUGCUAUUUUGAAAAUGGAUGCAACUAUCAUGAACCGAGAGGGGAUUGAGAAACUUCUUACCAUGUUACCAACGGAAGAAGAAAGGACAAGAAUACAAGAAGCACAGGCUGCUAAUCCGGACCUUCAUUUAGGAUCAGCUGAGCAGUUCCUUCUCACUUUAGCUUCUAUUUCGGAACUACCAGCAAGACUGAAACUCUGGGCCUUCAAGCUCGACUUUGAAAACUUUGAAAAGGAAAUUGCGGACCCAUUGAUGGAUCUGAAGCAGGGAAUGGAGAUAUUAAGAGUGAAUAAAACCUUUCGCGGAAUUCUGAGCACGCUUCUUUCAAUCGGGAUAUACCUCAACGGAAAUGAGAUAAAAGGAUUUCAAUUGGAAUACCUCGCUAAAGUGCCUGAAGUAAAAGAUACAGUCCACAAACACUCUUUGCUUCAUCAUCUUUGCCAUAUUGUAAUGGAAAAGUUUCCGGAUUCUACUGAUUUGUAUUCUGAGAUCGGGCCAGUAACCAGAGCUUCAAGGAUAGAUUUUGGUGAAUUGGCUUCAAAUAUUUGCAAAUUAGAAGGCGAAUGCAAAUCAUCUUGGGAUCAUUUGAAACUGAUUGCCAAGCAUGAUGGAUCCACGAUGAUGAAAGUCAAGAUGUCCGACUUUCUAGCGGACUGUGCAGAGAGAAUAAUCGUUCUGGGUGUUGUACAUCGACGUAUAAUGAAUCGCUUUCAUAAGUUCGUUCUUUGGCUGGGUGAACCGUUACUUCGAGUGCAGGAUACUAAACCGAAUGAGCUUUGCAAACUCAUUUCAGAGUUUUCUCUCGAAUACAGAACCACAAGAGAGCGAGUGAUACAACAGCUUGAAAAAAAAGCCAAUCACAGAGAGCGAAACAAGACACGUGGAAAGAUGAUCACCCAGGUUGGAAAAAUAAGGACAAAAGAGGAUAGAGCUGAUGCAGAACUCAGACAAUUACUGGGAAGCGAUAUUUCAGACAUCGAGUGUCUGCAUGGUACACCACCUUGGAGAAGACAAAGGAGAGAUGGUCGGUCGUCAUUGGGUUCUUUAUUGAGGGAUGAAAUACCGAAUGGCAACCUAACUGAUAGUGACGACGAAUUAUUAGAAUGCCUUGUGAAAACAGCCACAAAAUUGCCAGCCACUAGGAUAACACCACGGGAGCGUAAGAGGACUCGUCACACCGAUCGUAAGUCUUGUAAUUGAAAUCUCCGCAACCUGCACAGUGCCAGCUCGGCAAAGACAUUUUUACCUUCGGUCUGCUCAUUCAUCUUUAUCAUCUGUAACAGAAUCCGGUUUUAUUGUGCAGAAAUGGAUAUCUUAAGGUUUGUUUGAAAAAAGAGUCCAUUAGCAGAAUCAUCGAAUCAAGUGUUAAGUGCAGAAUUAAUCAAGGUGCGGUCAGCUAUAUUGACCUAAAACUUCUCAAGUCAUGAACAUUUGUAUCGAGUAAUCAUUCAAAUUAAAUGAUCGUUUACUACCUGGAGAGCACUCAAGAAAUUUUUGAAAUGUAUAAAAUACAGUUACAAGCAGCAAUCGAAAAAAAUGGCAGUUUAUGUAAAAAAGAGAUGUAAGAUACACCCAAUUCUGUCUAUAUGCUUUGGAAGUGACAAUGUUAGUUUCAUUAUCUGCACAUAAAUAAAAAGUGAUCA